AUGUUUGGCUGGGGUCCCGCAACGGGUUUCCCCUCAGCUACAGUGCCCGAGAAAGAAAGAGAACCACCCACGAAACCAACCCAGCUAGAUUUCCCCGUUUAUCAACUUCCUGAAGUGGUCCCUCACCCCGCAGAUUCGACCUUACCUAGCCUACAUGGUCUACUAGCUUCGAUUAAACGACCUCAGGAUAUUUCGCUGGACCGAUUCAGUCCUUUAAAUCUUCAUAUCGAUCAUGAUGUCGACAUUCACUGCAUGUUCCCAAAGGAUCAGACACAGUCUCUCCCACCCGCACCCUGGGAAAAUGUACCGGAAGUUCCUGCCGGGGAGGACCAGUCUCGUCCACUGAUGAACAAUGGACUCCCGUACCCACCAAAGGACCGAUUCGAUCAACUCAUAAGUGAACUCGCACUAGAUAAUGAUGAUGUCUUCAGGGAAGUCGCUCGACUCCCAGUUCGUGAAGGCCGGGAGCGGGUUCGCGUGACACAGACUAGGAAAUUCUGGGCGGCAUUGGAGCGCAUGGGAGAAUACUGGGACACAAGUUUGGAUAACUACUUUACACGCCCAGUGACGCCACAGCAAAUUCCACCAUCCGAGGGCGAACCGGAUUCCGACCCAAUGCAGAUUGAUGACCAGCCUGAUUCGACUGAACCGAAGAUGGCUGUGGAUCAACCGGGGGUCUCUACAAAUUCUACUGACAGUGCGAAUAACACAGAGGGCCCUCAUCCCACAGUGGACAUGUACACAGGUCGUCGGAUUGGUGCUGGAAACGAGAUGCCAGAAGAUCUGCGAGAUGAUGUUAUUCGCGCAUUUGUAGAAAUGGCAGCUUGGUUAUUUGGUUGCCAGGUUACCGUUCCAACGCUACCUCCGCGACUAACUGUGAAGAACUUACUCUUCCCUGUGCGCCAGUCCUUUCAUGUCGCCCGGUCUCCACGAGACCGCCAAGUCGCUCGGAAUGGUAUCUUGGAAGGGCCAGUUCUUAUUGCGCAGUGUCGUCCCGAGAUUUGUUUCCGGACUGAGAGCGAUGUUCGGGGAACAGGUCUUGGGGAGGUGUGCGACUUGUUCCGUGAAGUGGGUGGAAUGUUACUUGCUGCCCAGGAACGCGCUCGUGAAGGGGGUGUUGAGCUACGACCCGGUGAAGGGAAGUGGUGGACAACCAAGCCCCGAUUCGGAGGUGCUCCGAAUGAUGGGAUCCUGGAUGAUCUCCUCAAGGGGCCCGGUAUCCAUGGAAUUCCUAUACCGCAGUCAAUGCUUUCUAGCGCCGGUAGCGAUACGUCUUCACCACUAGCCUCGGAGGCAGAGAGUGCGCCCAAACGGCAUAAGUUUGAACAUCCAUAUGUCACUUCUCUGGGACGCCGACCGAGUGCUAUGCGCAAGCUUUCCAGCGGAGAGAAAUGGAGGAUUUUACAGCCUGGCCCCGGUCUUUGGGAUAAGCGCAUGAGAUACAUGCAGAUUGGCAAGAGCAAGGAUAGUCCAUUUGAUGAUAUUUACAUGAUAUCUGCAAUCAAUCAUCAUAUUGCCAUCUUACAUCUUAGAGUUCACCGAAGAUACAUCGAGGUUCUCACCAACGGCGAGAGCAAUUUCCCAGAGGAGUCAGAUAACCCAGAUCAGCCCUGGCAUGUUCUGAAACUCCAACGCAGCAAGUGGUACAAUUUAUUCGAUGCAAAAGAACGUAUCGAGGCAUUUAAAGGAAUUUGGUCCCUGUUCCACUACCAGCAAAGACCAAACUGA